AUGGCUCGUACCAAGCAAACCGCCCGCAAGUCCACCGGAGGAAAAGCUCCUCGCAAGCAGCUGGCCACCAAGGCAGCUCGUAAGUCUGCUCCGGCCACCGGUGGAGUGAAGAAGCCACACAGGUUCAGGCCCGGAACCGUGGCUCUCCGUGAGAUCCGAAAGUACCAGAAGAGCACUGAGCUCCUCAUCCGGAAGCUCCCAUUCCAGCGUUUGGUCCGUGAAAUCGCGCAGGAUUUCAAGACCGACCUGAGGUUCCAGAGCUCUGCUGUGGCUGCUCUUCAGGAGGCUGCUGAGGCCUACCUCGUUGGUCUCUUCGAAGACACCAACCUGUGCGCGAUCCAUGCCAAGAGGGUGACCAUCAUGCCCAAGGAUAUUCAGCUCGCUAGGCGCAUUAGGGGAGAGAGGGCUUAG